UUAGAGCAGUCAAGAGCUGUCCGCAUAUGUGUUCAGACCCAGUAGGCAGGCUGGGCUGCCCAGGGCCUGAGGAGGGGGCCCCUCUACGAGCAAUGCCUGGGACCCUAGGUCUGUGGUCCAGGGCAGCCUCUCUAAGACAGUGCAGGGCACAUGAUCUUUCCUCCUAGUGGCAGUGAGAAGGCUGGGGACCCUAGGACAGCCAGGAAGGAAAGGCAAGGGGUCUGCUUCUCGCAGCCAUGCUGAAACACAGCGACAGGAGGCCGUCUUGGAGCUGCAAACCCUGGACUACUACUGAGUUUGACAACGCACUCCAUGCAGGAAACCACCAACACCGCAGGACCAUCUGCUCCUUGGGGGGCCAUUCCGGCUCCCAGGGCAGCAUCCUACCAUGGACUGAGGGCAACUAUAACUACUACAUCGAGGAGGACAAGGACGGGGAGGAGGAGGAGGAUUGGAAGAACGGCCUGGCCGAAGAGGACCAGCAGGCAGAGGAGGCCACCACCGCCCGGAUGGAAGACCACACUGACUCUCCCGCUGUGCUGUCGACACUGAAUGUGAACGUGGGAGGCCAGAGCUACCGCCUGGACACCACCGAGCUGGCCUGCUACCCCAAGACUCGCCUGGGCCGCCUGGCCACCUCCACCAGCCGCAGCCGCCAGCUGGGCCUGUGCGACGACUACGAGGCGCAGACGGACGAAUACUUCUUCGACCGCGACCCGGCCGUCUUUCAGCUCAUCUACAACUUUUACAUGUCCGGGGUACUGCUGGUGCGCGACGAGCUGUGCCCGCGCAGCUUCCUGGAGGAGCUGGGCUACUGGGGCGUGCGGCUCAAGUACACCCCACGCUGCUGCCGCAUCUGCUUUGAGGAGCGGCGUGGCGAGUUGAGCGAGCAGCUCAAGAUCCAGCGGGAGCUACGCGCCCAGGCGCAGGCCGAGGAGGCGGAGGAGCUCUUCCGCGACCUGCGCUUCUGCGGGCUGCAGCGGCGCCGCCUCUGGAACCUCAUGGAGAAGCCCUUCUCAUCGGUGGCUGCCAAGGCCAUCGGGGUGGCCUCCAGCCUCUUCGUCCUCAUCUCCAUCGUGGCGCUUACUCUCAACACGGUGGAGGAGAUGCAUCAGCAGGCAGAGCAGGGCGGCCGGCGGCCCAUCCUGGAGCACGUGGAGAUGCUGUGUAUCGCUUUCUUCACGCUCGAGUUCCUGCUGCGUCUCGCCUCCACGCCAGACCUGCGGCACUUCGCACGCAGCGCCCUCAACCUAGUGGACCUGGUGGCCAUCCUGCCACUCUACCUGCAGCUGCUCAUCGAAUGCUUCACAGGCGAGGACCAGGAGCACGGCAAAGUCUCGUCCCGGGAGCACGACCUUGAGACCGUGGGUAAGGUGGGCCAGGUACUCCGCAUCAUGCGCCUCAUGCGCAUCUUCCGCAUCCUCAAGCUGGCCCGCCACUCCACCGGCCUGCGAGCCUUCGGCUUCACGUUGCGCCAGUGCUACCAGCAGGUGGGCUGCCUGCUGCUCUUCAUCACCAUGGGCAUCUUUUCCUUCUCCGCCGCCGUCUACUCAGUGGAGCACGACAUGCCUGGCACCAACUUCACCAGCAUCCCCCACGCCUGGUGGUGGGCCGCGGUGAGCAUCUCCACUGUGGGCUAUGGAGACAUGUACCCGGAGACCCACCUGGGCAGGUUUUUUGCCUUCCUCUGCAUCGCUUUUGGGAUUAUCCUCAAUGGGAUGCCCAUUUCCAUCCUCUACAACAAAUUCUCCGAUUACUACAGCAAGCUCAAGGCUUAUGAGUACACCGCCAUACGGAGGGAAAGGGGAAACGUGGACUUCCUGCAGAGAGCCAGAAAGAAGAUGGCUGAGUGUUUGGCUAGAAGCAACCCACAGCCCACCCCAAGGCAAGAGAAUUAAUAUUCUGUAGGACAGGAAGCUGAUAGACCUGUGACUUUCAAGGCUUCCUUUCUCUUUCCUUUUUUAUCAUCAGGAUUGGCAGUGAAAGGAUAUGUGAGGCAGAUGUACACAAAGGGCAUUAAGUUGAUGAAGUUCAACCUCUAGAAAUGUUCAUUUUAACCCAAACCCGGACUGCCUCAUACUGUGUUGUGUGAGAGUCUGACCUUCCCAAUGACACUGAUAUUGAAAACUCCUUGAGAGAACAUCUUAGAUUUCUCUUGUAGCUUCUGAUGGCUCCUCAAUAAAUAUUUUUGGACUUGAGUUAACUUGAGAAGAAUUUCUUUACAUUAAAGAAAAAAAAUCCUUAAUUUUCCAGAGAGAACGUUGCAUCAGGAACUACAUGAGCUCUAGAGUUAGACCAACCUCGGUCAGAAACCCAGAUCUACCAGCUGUAGGAUUUGGGGCAAGUUACUUUAACUGUCUGAGCUCCGUUUCUUCAGCUGUAAAAUCUAGGUAAUAAGACCUGCCUUGUAAUAUGAACAUGGGGAACAGAGAUAAUAUUUAUAAAUGCUCAGUAAAUGGAGGCUAUUAAAACUCUUUGAAUGGUGUUUUCUAGUAGAUUCUCUAGACUGAAGGCUCUCAACCCAGGAGAUCUUGUCAUUGUCCAUCCCCCCUUCCAACCCUGAGACAUUGGGCCAUUUCUAGAGACGCUUUUGAUUGUCACCAUUGUGAAGGAGGAUGAGGGGGCUACUGGCAUCAGCAGAGUCCUGGGAGGCUGCUAAACAUACACAGGACAGCCCCAUAGCCAAGAAUGAUCUGACCCAAAGUGUCAGUACAGCCCAAGUUGAGAAACCUUGGUCUAGAGUUAAUAUUGUACAAGAGCUCCCAGACUUGACCUGUGAGACAUGCUCAAGUGUGCUCGUCCUCCUUCCCUUGAUAGGAGUUCACACAUGUCUUCACUUCUCCCAGCCUCCUUUCCCUUACCUUUUCACAAAAGAACAAAAAUAAACAAAAAAACCUC